UAGUCUCUAAGCUCGCUCUCUGUCUUCUUCUUAGUGGUGUCUCUAUGUCACAAAUUAUGGUUGGCAAUUUUCAGUGUGUUCCUAUGAUAUGUUGAGAGGCUUGUUUCAUUUCUGAUAUAAUCAAUUUGUCGACUUAACUACUCAGUUUUCCGGAGAGUAAGAUUUAGGGUUCGUUGUUGGAUUCUUUUAGGAUUAUCUUUUCAAUACAAAAACUGAUCAAGGUUUUUAGCUUUAUGGACUGCCUUAUUGUAAAUGCUGCUUAAGUGAAGAAGUCUGAUCAUCCAUGCAGUUUAUAUUUUAUCAGUAAUGAAUAACGGACAGGAACUAGUACAAUCUUCCACUCAAGCUUCACAUGAGUCCCAAGGUGAACAGAAAAUUAACCAAUCAAUAGAUGCUCCUCCUAUUCAAGAUUCUGUUUCUGUAUCUGCUUCAAGCAAUGACACUAGGAAAGUUUCAAGACAUGAUAUUGAACUUGUCCAGAAUUUGAUAGAAAGGUGUCUUCAGCUAUACAUGAACAGAGAUGAAGUCGUGAAGACCCUCUUGUCCCGUGCAAGGAUAGACCCUGGAUUUACAAGCUUAGUUUGGCAGAAACUGGAAGAAGAGAACGGUGACUUCUUCAGGGCUUAUUACAUCAGGUUGAAACUAAAGAAACAAAUAAUUUUGUUCAAUCAUUUGCUUGAGCACCAGUACCAUCUCAUGAAGUAUCCUCCUGUACCUCCAAAGAUUCCUCUGGCACCGAUGCAUCAUCACAUGGCACCUGUAGUUAACAUGCCAAUGGGAUAUCCAAUACUACAACAACAUCCUCAAAUGCAUGUUCAAGGCCAUCCUCAUUUUGAUGCAAUGGGAAUGUCAAGAUGGGAUGUUGUUAAUGGAGUCCCUGCACCUGCUAAUUUCCAGCCAUUUAACACAACAAAUGAUAUGGUGAAUGAUACAACUGUGGAAGAUGCAACCCCUCAAGUGAUUCCACCAAGGAGUGGUGAGAUGGCAGUGAGUCCAGCUUCUGUGGCAUCAAGUGGACACUUUCCAUUUGAUGCUUCAGAUAUGGUAAUGGAUGCUUCAGUGCUUGAUUCCCCGUUCAUUUCUGAUGUUGGAGGAGGUGUGAAUCCAGGAGAUUCUCUCAGGUCAUUUGAUCAGAUUCCCUGGAAUUUUAGCCUUUCUGAUCUCACUGCAGAUCUGUCAAACUUGGGAGAAUUAGGAGGCUUGGGAAACUAUCCAGGCUCUCCAUUUCUUCCAUCUGAUUCAGAGAUUUUGCUUGAUUCUCCUGACCAUGAGGACAUAGAGGAGUUUUUUGUGGACGUGCCUGGACCUCCUUGUUCUAACUCAGAUGAAGAGAAGCUUUGAAUUGAAAGGGAAACGGCUAUAUAUAUAUAUAGUAAUAAUCUUCUUCAGAGACACAUCAAGCAUUGUUUUCUUCUUUAAAUAACAAAUAUAACUACUCUGUUACAUAAAUAAAAGUACUUUUUGAAUAAGAGAGGUUUAUAGAACCUAUUGAUCUAUUAUAAGAGAGGCUGUACAAUAAGUUAUAAUAAGUAUCAGUGUUUCUUAUUAUUCAAUGUUAUAGCACUAAAAUGCUUCACACAAAGUCACUGUAGCAUCUCCUCAUUUCCAGAAGAGCAUUGCUGGAUCAGCUC